CUCGCGAGAACACAGCGACUUAACACGGGCGAGAGGGCGAUGGAGAGAAAUGAGGUCAGAAAAGGACCAAAUGACCGUGGGCAAGGCGAAAAGCGUCGUCGAGAUACAGUUUAGAGACAUCCCAAAAGAGCAGGAAAACAUUCCCGGUAACCCCAAGCAGAGAGAGGAGAAGAAAGAGGUUUUUACUAAGGUGGUGAUUCGAAGGCUUCCACCUAACCUGUCAAAGGACCAGCUAGAGGAACAGCUCAGUCCGCUUCCAUCCUAUGACUAUUUUGAGUUCUUUCCAGCUGAUCAAAGUCUUUAUCCCCACCUGUUCUGCAGAGCAUAUAUCAAUUUUAAAAACCCUGACGAUAUCCUGCUGUUUAGGGACCGGUUUGAUGGUUACGUCUUCAUUGACAACAAGGGCCAGGAGUAUCCUGCAGUGGUAGAGUUUGCCCCCUUCCAGAAAAUCUCAAAGAAGAAGCUAAAAAAGAAAGAUGCCAAAGCUGGGAGCAUUGAAGAAGACCCGGAAUAUAAGCGAUUCUUGGAGAAUUACUCCUGUGAUGAGGAGAAGUCGAUGGCCAACCCUGAGACUCUGCUGGGAGAGAUAGAGGCCAAGACCAGAGAGCUCAUAGCCAAACGGACAACACCGCUGUUGGAGUACAUUAAGAAUAAGAAAAUUGAGAAACAGAGAAUAAGAGAGGAGAAGAGAGAGGAGAGGAGAAGAAGAGAGCUUGAAAAGAAGCGGCAAAGGGAGGAGGAAAAGAGAAAGCGACGAGAGGAGGAGAGACGCAAACGAAAAGAGGCAGAGAAGCAGAAGAAAUUGUCUGAUAAAGACAUCAAAAUCAAGCUCCUGAAGAAAAGUGACAGAGACGAUGAUGUGGAUUCAGACAGAAUGAAAGACAAAAGUGACAUUGGAGAGACAGACAGAGGCAAAUGGGAGAAAGCUGGAGGACAAAUGAAGUCAAAGGACCCCAAAGACAAAGGUCAGCCUGAGAGUGACAAGGAGCAGAGAGAGCAACAUGGCCGCAGACAGAGAGAUAAGGAUCACCGUGGGAAAGAUGAAGAGAGGAAACGACAGCGACACCACUAUGAAUUUGACAAGUUUAUGCGCCGCAAAGAUGAGACAAAAUGGGGAAAGGGCUACUGCCAGGACCGAGCCAAGAAAGAGGGGCACCAUCAUGGCUAUUCUUACUGCCCUGAUAGUGGAGACAAACUGGGAAAGGAGGACAGGGAGGACCUGGGUAACAGGAAGGAACGCCUCCGAAACAAGGUGAGCGAGAAGGACCGUCCAGCCAUGCAGCUCUAUCAGCCAGGUGCACGCAACAGGAAGCGCAUGAGCUCAACAGGCAAAAGCUAUGACUGCAUCCCUGUGGGCCACUCACCUGAAUCCGGGACAGAGCAUUGUUAUGAAGUGGUCGCUCUGGCAACAGGGCUGGAAAAGGGGUUUGAGAAAAGCAAAGAUGAACAGUGAGCAGUCUGGAUGUAUAUAGAAAAUACAAAUAAAUUAUUCAGCUUUUCAGCCUAAGUUGAUGGUGACAUGUUUGAUUGGUUAUCAUUGAGCUUUUAAAUAUAAUAUACUUCAGUGAGGGAGAACGGCACUUCAAAAGCAAACAGUCUUUUAGUCAUUUUCAUCAGUAUUAGGUGUAAUAAAAGUCAAAACUUUGAAUGUUGGUCAAUGUUUUUGUUUUGCUGGAGCAUGAACAUUUUUAGCACACAAUAGAUAUUUUAACUGUCCCACUUUUUCGUAUUCAAUGAAUUAUAUAGGUAUACCAUUAAGUUGAAUCCUUGGAAUAAACCAUGUGAAAAAUACUGACAACAGGGGCAAACAGUAGUUACCUUUAUGAUAGCACAACAGUUUAUUCGAUUUCUCAUAAUUAUUUUGCUUAUUUCAUGAACUAUUUUGGUUCAAAUGCACAGAUUGAUAUAUGUGUCUUAUUUUUUGAAAUUGCCUCCUGCUAGCUAGUUUGCAAUUUCAUCAAAGUUUUGUCACGUGAGGCAGUCCAGUGUCAUCCCUUCUGGUCAUCGUGUUUUUGAAGUGCGUCCCUCCAAGAGGCAGCUCACGUUUGGUAUCCAUCAACAAUUUGCUGGUGUAACCAUGACCUCAUCCUCUGCAACAGAUCUUGUUACUAAGUCUUUGUAGACUAGAUGUUUUUAAUAAUCCUAUAGAUUUUAUUAAAAUGGCAUAUAAUGUAAGUAGAACUUACAAACAAUGGAUGUAGAAAAUUUAACAGAUGAAAUCCUGUGUGUAUUUUUGUGUGUAAAGGUGAAAGAGGAUAAGAAUUAUUGAUGAGGAGGACAAUGUCAACGCGUUGUCAACGUCAAUGUUUUAGCGCUUUUCCAAAUUUUUAUGUGUCUUAUUACAUUUGGUCCAUCUCAUUCUAAAGUGUCAUAGAAAGAAUCUUAUUGUGUGAAAAGCUUUGUACAUGAUCACCCACGAGCCAAGAAGAACAUGUUCUCUACAUUUCUAUAAAGCAUUUCCUAGAAAUAAAAUGUAAAGUUGCAAAGUAAGACAGAUAAGUGAAAACAAUGAAUUUUCUAUGCUGUGUGCAUGGUUUUCUAUUGAUUCAGUCAACGUAAUGUAAUGGGAAAGCCACAAAUAUUGAUAAAGUAAUAUGGUCUGUUUAACAAGCCUUAUAUUACCUUUGCACAUGACCUAACAUUUGUCUGUCAUACCUCUUGUAUCAUUGUUUUCUUUAAAUUGUGAGAAAAUAAAGCUCUUCUACCGUUA